AUGAGUUCUGAGAGCGGUGAUGACGUUCUCCUGAAUUGGUUCGAAUCCAACGACUCGGGCGAUGAUGAUGAAUUCCUGUCGCAAGAGGACAUCGGGGAGGAGGAUGAGGAGAGUGCCGAGGAGGUAGGGCUAGAGAGCCUGCGACGGGUAUUGAACCUUUAUAACAUUUGCAUUACAUUUGAUGAAUUUAUGAUCUCCAAUAAUGACAUCCGAUCACUCUAG